AUAAACCGGAAGUAAUCCGCUUUCAUGGGCGAUACAUUGUUUUUCAUCCAUUGCCAACAAAAUCAUCAGAUACGCGGUAUAUGUUAACUAGUCACCAUUUACAAAGGCUAAAGAUUCAGUCGGAAUUUCGGUUAAAUAGACACAGUAAAAGAUUGUUGACAAAAUGAACGUGACUUUAGCUGUUAAACAGUAUGUCACCAAAAUGAUAGAAAGCAGCGGACCAGGAAUGAAGGUUUUGCUCAUGGAUAAAGAAACGACCAGCAUUGUGAGUAUGGUUUACACACAAUCCGAGAUUCUGCAAAAGGAGGUCUACCUGUUUGAACGGAUAGACUCACAGAACCGUGACAACAUGAAACAUCUGAAGGCCAUCUGCUUCCUGAGACCAACCAAGGAUAAUGUAGAGAAUCUGAUUCAGGAGCUGCGACGUCCCAAAUAUAGCGUCUACUUUAUCUUUUUCAGCAAUGUCAUCAGUAAGAGUGAAGUGAAGGCCUUGGCAGAAGCUGAUGAGCAGGAGGUUGUUGCAGAUGUGCAGGAGUUUUAUGGAGAUUUCAUCGCUGUGAAUCCUCAUCUUUUCUCCCUCAAUCUACAAGGAGUAUCCAGGGGUCGCAGUUGGGAUCCCAGUGUUCUUCCACGUGUCACUCAAGGUUUGACCUCUGUGCUGUUGGCCUUAAAGAAAUGUCCCAUGAUUCGUUACCAGCUCUCCUCUGACAUGACCAAGAGACUGGCUGAAAGUGUUAAGCAAAUCAUCAGCAAGGAGUAUGAACUAUUUGACUUCAGGAAAACUGAAGUUCCCCCUCUUCUGCUGAUUCUGGACCGAAGUGAUGAUGCGAUCACACCCCUUCUUAACCAGUGGACAUAUCAGGCAAUGGUUCAUGAGCUUCUUGGCCUCAACAACAACCGAAUAGAUCUGUCCCGGGUGCCUGGCAUCAGUAAAGACCUGAGAGAGGUGGUGCUGUCUGCAGAGAAUGAUGAAUUCUAUGCCAAUAACUUGUACCUGAACUUUGGUGAAAUUGGAACAAACAUUAAAAACUUGAUGGAGGACUUUCAGAAGAAAAAGCCAAAGGACCAACAAAAACUAGAGUCCAUUGCUGACAUGAAGGCAUUUGUGGAUAACUACCCGCAGUUUAAGAAGAUGUCGGGCACGGUGUCCAAGCAUGUGACGGUGGUGGGCGAGUUGUCUCGUCUAGUCAGUGAGAGGCAGUUAAUGGAGGUAUCUGAGGUGGAGCAGGAGCUUGCAUGCCAGAAUGAUCACUCUAACGCCCAGCAGUAUGUGCGGCGUGUGCUGCAGAACCCACGUUUGACGGAACUUGAUGCGGUGCGUCUGGUGAUGCUAUAUGCUCUGCGCUAUGAGAGACACAGCAGCAGCAUCCUGCCCAGUCUCAUGGAAGAACUAAACAGGAGAGGAGUGUCUGAAAAAUACCGCAAGAUGGUACAAGCUGUGAUCGAGUACGGAGGCAAACGGGUCAGAGGAAGUGAUCUCAUUACUCCUACAGAUGCUGUGGCCAUCACCAAACAGUUUUUCAAAGGACUCAAGGGUGUUGAGAAUGUCUAUACCCAGCACCAGCCCCUGCUGCAUGACACAUUGGAUCAGCUAAUUAAAGGCCGUUUGAAGGACAGUCAGUUUCCCUACCUCGGGCCGAGUUCUCUGCGAGACAGGCCACAGGACAUCAUUGUGUUCAUCAUCGGAGGAGCCACGUAUGAAGAAGCACUGACUGUGUACAACCUGAACCGCACCAUGCCAGGAGUUCGUAUUGUGCUUGGAGGAACAACCAUUCACAACACCAAGAGUUUCCUAGAGGAGGUGACAUUAGCAGCUGGCUUGAGACAUGGGGGAGACAGGGUGUCACAUGGAGCUGGACGUCCACCAACCAGGCGCUGAACACUCAUCAGUCGUUCUCUUAUUAAUAUAAUAUAGUGUUGUGUGUGUGUGUGUGUGUGUGUGUGUGUGUGUGUGUGUGUGUGCGUGUGUGUGUGUGCGUGUGUGUGUGUGCAUGUGUGUGUGUGUGUGUGUGUGUGUGUGUGUGUGUGUGCAUGUGUGUGUGUGCGUGUGUGUGUGUGCGUGUGUGUGUGUGUGUUCAGAGCCGAAAGCUACUUUCAUGUAACCAUCCCACUCAUUGCAAACAUUCCUCUCUCCAAUGGCCGGAGUAGACCGUAUUGUGAGUCAAAGAAACACUAUGAUAUGAUCCUGGACUCCAAAACAAGAGAAAGUGAUUUGUACAUGCGAGUUACACUCAAGAUCUUUCAUGUUUAUUAAUGUGAUCAAUAUGACCUCUUAUGACAGCAUUAUGACAACAAGAACACAAUCAGCUCCUCCCAAAACCUGACUGUACAGCCGGUAUGUUGUGUCUGAUCUGCUGUAUAUAAAUAAGGUUCUUCCUGUGAAAACUAAAUUUAGAGGCGUCCAUAGAUCGGCUGUGUCUUUUAAUGGACUGACUGCAGAUAAUGUAAUAUGACAGGACCUAUCAGAGCGGUCUGUCUCCAUGUUGGUGUAACCCACAUUAUAUCAGUCUCUUAUGUCCAUAUGUACUGAUGUACAUUUCACAUUAUUGUUUAUAAUGCCCAUCUGCACAGAGAUACAUAUUCUCCCAUCAGAGUCAAAACUGGACCUUAACUACAAACAUGAUUUUUAAAAGGUAACUGUAUGCAUAUGUGAUGCUGGUGUAAUUUAUUAAACAGCUUAUUUCUGUAAUAGUGUAAUGGUUAUGUAUACUUAUAUACUUUAUAAUGCAUAUGAUGGGCUUUUUAUUAUUGACUACUAACUUUCUCAGCCACCAAUAACCUUUAGCUAUUAUGUGAUUAAAACUAUUUAAUUGAUUUCAUUAGAUUUGUAUGUGACAUACAUGGUCUAUCAUUGAUGACAUUUAGAAAAUUACUGAAUUGACACAUGGGCAUUUGCACUUAAGGAGAUUCUCAAUGUAAGGUCAUGAAUGCAGACUGUUUCUGCCUAUUCUGAAUCACAUAUGUUUUGUUUACUCUUUGAUUUCUCUUUGCAGAUAUACAGUGUGAUAUACUUUAAAGUGAUUCUGAAGAAUGAAUAUUUUAAAUUAAGUUUAAUAAACCAAAAUGACAGUAUUGGUAAUCACUGAA